GUAUGCUAUUCUUUGGGUACGGCAUCUAUCUCUAUGAGCGUGAGGCUGCCCUGAAGUUCACUCUGAUGCACUCGUUUUUCCUGUCCCUGGAGUGCAUGCUGACGGGUUAUCCGGCAGAUGCAUAUGAGGACUACAUGCCCACCACGUGGCCUGGGAAAUUCAUGUGCAUCUUUGCGCUGUGUUGGGGUCUGUUUCUGUUUGCGCUGCUGAUCGACUAUGUACACUCCAACAUGCAACUGGACGAUGGUGAGGUAUGUCUCGUAGGUCUAUUAAAUGGAUAA